UGCAGUCCUGGUUCGCUUUGCAGGCGCCUACACCCUCUGCAGUCACAGCUAGUCUUUAUCAUGUAUGACAGCCAUGCUCCGCAGCUUCUCCUGUCUAUAUUCCUCUUCUGUUUCGGAGUGAAGGCGAUGACUGAUCACUCCUAUUAUGACACGGACUUAGUGGACAUGGUGGUCCCCGUGGAGCUCUCUGGAGAGGAGGCUCACCUGUUGCAUGACUCAUCCAGGCGCAGCGCGCGUCGGCGCGGCCAGCGCUCUGUCGAUUCCCGGGGUGGACUAAACUCUGUGGAGGACACCUUGUUUUUCUCUUUACCUGCUUUUGGAAAAGACCUGUACUUACGCCUGAAAAGGGAUGCCGCUUUUCUGUCUGAGGGGUUUGUGGUUGAGGAGAGGGGAGGCGAAACAGACCCCCCUAAAUGGUCGCACCUGGCCAGAGACCAGCUCUGCUUCUACUCGGGAUGGAUUGUCAACCACACCGACUCUUUUGCCUCCCUCAACACCUGCAGCGGUCUGACUGGACUGGUCUAUACAGGAGAGGACAGUCUCUUCAUCCAGCCGGUCAGCAGUUCUUCCGACUCCUUUUCCGGGCUGCAGCACAGGGUGGUCCGACACCGCCGCUCAGCCAAGACCAGCCCUCCUUCUGCCCCUCCCCUGGAUCCACAGCUGCAGACAAGCAGAAGGAAGGACUGCGGCACCAUUCCAGUGAGGAAGAAGAGGCAGAAGGGAGUGGAGGAGGGCCGUAGAAGGAGGAACACCAUCCAUCUGAAUGGGUUGUAUACGGUAGAGACGGUGGUGGUGGCAGACUCAGACAUGGUGCAGUACCAUGGGGCAGAGGCCGCGCAGAGAUUCCUGCUCACCGUCAUGAACAUGGUGUACAACAUGUUUAACAGCAAGAGUCUGGGCGUCAGAAUCAACAUACGGGUCACCAAGCUGGUCAUGCUCCACAACCGCCCAGACAAGCUGAAAGUGGGCCACCACGGAGAAAGGUCCUUGGAGAGCUUCUGUCAGUGGCAGUGGGAGGAGUACGGCGGCCCCCGUUACUUAGGCAACAAUUACGUGCCCGGGGGCAGGGAUGACAUCCCACCUGUGGACACGGCCGUGCUCGUCACUAGGACUGACUUCUGCGUGCACAAAGACCAGCCCUGUGACACAUUGAAGUACCUGAAGUACCUUUGA